GGCUGCCUGCAGCUGUCAGCGCCCGCGCCUUGGGGGCUGUGCCCCGCGCCGACCUCCGCGGCCGCCGGGUCGGGCCUGUCAGCGCAUCCGGAGGGGCCGCGCUGCCGCCCCGCGUCGUUUCCUUCUUCGCUUCUCUCUCUCGUCUCUUCCCCCCUUCCGAAAAAAACCCCAACCAGCCCCUUUUCCUUCCUUCCUCCCUUCCGCCCGCCCAUCGCUGACAUCCUCCUCCGGCCGCCUCCUCUCCGCCCCCGCGGGCUGCGCGGCCCCCGCCGCCAGUGCGAGCGCUGCGCACAUCGCCCGAGCCUGCAGCACCGAGCGAAUGUAUGAAAACAUGUCCACAAUGGUGUAUCUAAAGGAAGAGAAGUUGGAGAAGCUUACUCAAGAUGAAAUCAUUGCCAAAACUAAGCAAGUUAUUAAUGGACUGGAGGCACUGAAGAAUGAACACAACUCAAUUUUACAAAGCUUACUUGAAACACUGAAAUGUUUGAAGAAAGAUGAUGAAACUAAUCUGGUUGAAGAAAAAUCAAACAUGAUUCGAAAGUCACUGGAGAUGUUGGAACUUGGACUUAGUGAAGCACAGGUAAUGAUGGCAUUGUCAAAUCACUUAAAUGCAGUGGAAUCAGAGAAGCAGAAAUUGCGUGCUCAGGUUCGCCGGUUAUGUCAGGAAAAUCAGUGGCUACGGGAUGAACUAGCUAAUACACAACAGAAACUACAGAAAAGUGAGCAAUCUGUGGCUCAACUGGAGGAAGAAAAGAAACAUCUAGAAUUCAUGAAUCAAUUAAAAAAAUAUGACGAUGAUAUUUCACCAUCAGAAGAUAAAGAUACAGAUUCCACCAAAGAGCCUUUGGAUGACUUAUUUCCCAAUGAUGAAGAUGACCAAGGACAAGGCAUUCAACAACAGCAUAGCAGUGCAGCUGCUGCUGCCCAGCAAGGUGGCUAUGAAAUUCCAGCAAGAUUAAGGACCCUUCAUAAUCUUGUUAUCCAGUAUGCUUCCCAAGGUAGAUACGAAGUUGCUGUACCACUUUGUAAACAAGCUCUUGAAGAUCUGGAGAAGACUUCAGGUCAUGAUCAUCCGGAUGUUGCCACUAUGUUAAACAUACUUGCUUUGGUAUACAGGGACCAGAAUAAAUACAAAGAUGCAGCAAACCUCCUGAAUGAUGCCUUGGCUAUCCGUGAGAAGACUCUGGGCAAAGAUCAUCCAGCGGUGGCAGCAACUCUAAACAACCUUGCAGUGCUUUAUGGUAAACGUGGAAAGUACAAGGAAGCUGAACCUUUGUGUAAGAGAGCUCUGGAAAUCAGAGAAAAGGUCUUGGGGAAAGAUCACCCUGAUGUCGCCAAACAACUAAAUAAUCUGGCUUUACUGUGCCAGAACCAGGGUAAAUAUGAAGAGGUAGAAUACUACUAUCAGAGGGCACUGGAGAUUUACCAAACUAAGCUGGGACCAGAUGAUCCAAAUGUUGCAAAAACAAAAAAUAACCUGGCAUCCUGCUAUCUAAAACAGGGCAAAUUUAAGCAAGCAGAAACUUUAUACAAAGAGAUUCUUACUCGUGCUCAUGAACGGGAAUUUGGUUCUGUAGAUGAUGAAAAUAAACCUAUUUGGAUGCAUGCUGAAGAAAGGGAAGAAUGCAAAGGAAAGCAAAAAGAUGGCACAUCUUUCGGAGAAUAUGGUGGUUGGUACAAAGCUUGCAAAGUUGAUAGUCCAACAGUAACAACUACCUUAAAGAACCUUGGGGCACUUUAUAGACGGCAAGGCAAAUUUGAAGCUGCUGAAACGUUAGAAGAGGCAGCAAUGCGAUCUCGUAAACAGGGUCUUGACAAUGUUCAUAAACAGAGAGUUGCUGAAGUGCUGAAUGACCCUGAGAGCAUAGAGAAAAGGCGCAGCCGAGAAAGCCUCAAUGUUGAUGUGGUAAAGUACGAGAGUGGUCCUGAUGGAGGCGAGGAAGUGAGUAUGAGCGUAGAAUGGAAUGGGGCCUAGAUGCCUUUUGUGAUUCUUAUACUGUCUCCUGCAUGACGGGCGUGCACCAUCUUCAAGCUUUAACUUCUCUCUUCAGUACUGACUGCUGUGUUUUAGCAAAUCCCUUAAGAUCCUUGUCAGAGCUACACUUCCUUGUAAACUGGCCAUUCCUUCAGUGCUGGUGUCUUCUUUUUUGGGGGGUUUCUAUUUCUGUACAUGUGUAGCUUUGCCAGAUAUGUAUCUAGUCAUACAAAAUGUUACUACAACCAUAUGCUGUGUAAUACAUAGGUUAAAAAAGUAAUAAUGAACUUUAUAAGUAGCUGUUCACUACAGGGUAAAAAAGGUAGUUAAAAGUAUCACACAAGGUAUUAUUGAAAUGGCAUGAUGUGAUCUUUACAGGAGAAAAAACAAAACAAAACAAAAAACAUAAACGUAAGGCAUGUUCUUCAAGUGCUUUAAAAUGUAUUUAAGAGACCUGUUACGUGGUUAACAUCACUAUGGAACUCUGGAUGUCUUCACUUACGAUUAUUCUAAAGUAGCAUUGCUGUUUAGUCUUUGUGUGAAAUUUUGGCAAUUAUGCUUUUCUCUACUAACUUGGUGUUCAGUGAUUUGUGUAUUUGUCUUUCUAACUUCUAAUAAACCCACUCCAACUCAGGUGUCUGUCUCUGUCUGCUUAGUAGUACUUUACUUUCUCCUUUUACAAUUCUUCCUUUCAUAAUCACCUAGGAUUUCUUUAAGUAGCAAGUGGUCACUUCUAAUCUUACUAAACUGUUUUAAGAGUAAAAAAUUAUUUAAAUACAAUUGUAAUUAGAUGGAAAUUUCUUUGAUCAGUACAGCAGCGUAAAACACGAACGCAGAGUACAAAAAAUUGUUGUUUUGCCAUGUUUUACAUUGAGUAGUGAAAGGUAAAUGAUAAAAGGAAUUUAACUAUAUGUUUUUCUGAUCAGAAAAUAUUUUUAAAAAAACCUUAGGAUUGAACAAAUAUGUUUUCAGAUAACGCAGAUGUUUAGCCGAAAUAAAACAGUUUUGUUCUUAGACUGUGAUGGAAUGCUUUUGCUUGGGGCUCAUACCUGUUAAGCUUGGUGCACUCAUGAGAAAGGUAACAUGGUGAUGGUGAAUUGUUUCACAUACUGUGGGCUUUUUUUAUUACGCAUUAUGGCUUGAGCAUGCCUUCACAUUUCUGAAAUCUUUGCUGCAGUUUCACAGAAGCAAUGUUUUUGUUAAAAUAGCAGCAAUCCUCUUGGUAAAAUUAUAUCCAUAUGGUAUUUUUGUGUUUAGAUAAUUGUGCCAAGUCUUUAUCAAUAGCAGUAAAAAAUAUUUUGCUCUGCUAAACGUUUUUCACCCAGGCUUGAGGGAGGGCAACAAACUCUUGCAGUUUCACAUUUCUUCAAUGU